AUGCCAUCAAACCACCCUCAACUUGACUCAUCAUCAUCGAAAUUGACAGCAUCAUCCCACCCCUGUUCUGGCCUUUUGCACGACACCUUGGGCAAGAAGCAGCACGAUGCCAUAAACAAGCAGAGGGACCUUGCAGAGACCCUCGAAUUGUGGCUCUUAUUUGCCCGUGCGUGCCUACAGGAGAUGGAACGAAAGCACAAUAUCCGCUGCUUCAGUACCUCGCGUCUCCCGAUCAAAAAGUGCCCACAGGAGCUUCUCCUGAAGAUAUUUAGGUACUAUCUUGGUGAAUCUAGUCACCAGGCCAUCGCCAAUCUGCUACUGGUUUGCAAGCACUGGUAUCGACUCGUGAUGGACAGUCCCGAGAUUUGGGCAUGUGUAGAGGUUGACUUCCGAAUCGGAGACGAUGAAGCACACCUGAAUGCCCUUUGCACGUACGCGGUGACUUGCAUGCGACGGAGCAAAGGCCUUUUACUCGACGUCAUCAUUCGUUUCGAGACUUUGGAGGAUGCAAUGAGCAGAAUCGAGUGGCUGGCAUAUACAGAUGCCGGCUUUCUUGAGGAACAGGGACUAGCUCCAUUACACAGUCAAGUUCUCGACGUUGGAGAAAGUGAUAGCGCAUUUAGGAGAUGGAUGGGACGUUCGCGCAGGUGCACGUCCUCGUAUAUUCCACCAGUAUCUCCCGCGCUCGUCCCACCAUCGUUUGUCGCUUCUCCAACGGCUAUUCCUCCGGAUGAUCCCGACAUCAUCACUGUGAUCCGGUCUGCAAAGAUGGCAAACACUUCACCCCCUUCGCUUCGCUACGUGACUGUUAUUGCUAAGGAUGGAACAGCGACACCCAUAGACUUCCUAAACGUAUGA